UAAUUUGGAUCCAUAAUUUCAACAAUUGAAAGUGUCUUUUGACUCGAUCGAUAAAAAAAAAUGUGAUGACUGUAAACAUUGAUUCACCUCAUUCGACACAAUCAUAUUAUAAUGUAGCGCGGCGCCCAAAUCCAACGAGAAUCAUUAUAUAAUCGGUGACAAUCCAAUACGUCAUGAAUUUGUCCGAAACUUGACAACUGCCGACGACGUCGUACUUGGUCUGAUUCAUCUUCCCCGCUCUAGAUGCGUAGAUCUAAAUAAAUUUCCUCCAACUGAAAAAAAAAUCCCAACUCAAGGAAAAAUGGCAGCGUUCAUCAAGCUCGAAGAUUCGCCUAUGUUCCAUAAACAGGUGCGAUCGAUUGAGCAUACAGCGGAUGAGCUAAGAGAUCGUUGCCAGAAGCUGUACAAAGGCUGUAAGAAAUACACGGAAGGGCUUGGGGACGCGUUGAAUUGUGACAUGGGCUUUGCUGCAUCGUUAGAAGCAUUCGGUGGCGGCCUUGAUGACCUUCUUGGUGUAUCUAUUGGAGGCCCGGUGUUGUCAAAAUUUAUCCAUGCAUUGCACGAGCUAGCUACGUACAAGGAAUUUCUUCGUUCUCAAGUUGAGCAUGUACUUGUAGGCCGGUUGUCUCAGUUUUUGUCCGUUGAUUUGCAAGAUGCGAAGGAGUCCCGUCGACGAUUUGACAAGGCCAUAUAUGCAUAUGACCAGGCACGAGAAAAGGUUUCUUCUUUAAAAAGGACUACACGUGAUGAAGUUGUUGUUGAACUAGAAGAGGAUCUACACAAUUCAAAGUCGGCGUUCGAAAGAAGCCGCUUCAAUUUGGUAAAUGCUCUUACUAACGUCGAAGCUAAAAAGAAAUUCGAGUUCUUGGAAUCUUUUAGUGCAAUUAUGGAUGCUCACCUACGAUAUUUCAAAUUGGGAUAUGACCUAUUGAAUCGAAUGGAGCCAUUCAUUAACCAGGUGUUGACAUAUGCGCAACAAUCGAAGGAGCAGGCAAAUAUCGAACAAGACAAACUCGCAAAAAGGAUCCAAGAGUUCAGGACACAAUCGGAACUGAACGAGCUGCUAGCAUCCAGUAAACUUGCUACGUCUUCAAAUUCUAUCGGCAUGAAUGGAUACGGCAUGACUUCGUACAAAAGCAUGGAGGCAAUUAAUCUGGCCACUGCUAAAGGUGAGGUCCAGACAAUCAAGCAGGGGUAUCUUUUGAAAAGGUCUUCGAGCCUGAGAGCAGAUUGGAAGAGGAGAUUCUUUAUUCUCGACAAUCAGGGAACAUUAUAUUAUUACAGAAACAAAGGUGCCAAACCCGGGGGUUCACCUUCGUUUCAUUCUUCGCAACCAUCGGAGCACAACAAUCGUGUAUUUGCUAGAUUUCGGUCGAGGCACCAUCGAGAGUCGUCGCACGGUGAAGAAAGUCUAGGCUGCAGCACCGUCGAUUUGCGUACUUCAACCAUUAAGAUUGAUGCUGAGGAUACUGAUCUUCGACUGUGCUUCAGAAUUAUUUCGCCAAUAAAAACUUACACAUUACAGGCUGAAACCGAAGCAGACAGGGUUGACUGGAUGAACAAAAUCACAGGAGUUAUUACAUCCCUCUUGAAUUCUCACCUGCAGCAGUUGGAUUGGGGGAAAGAAGAUAAUGAUAAAAUAUACGACCCCACGGGUGCAUCUUUUAGUCGUAAUAACAGUGGAAGUACUUCGGAUGACAUUAGAGUAAACCGAACUGAUACUGUUUCGAGUAUUCUGAGGGAAGUACCUGGUAAUAAUCAGUGCGCUGAAUGCGGUGCUUCUGAUCCCGAAUGGGCAUCUUUGAAUCUCGGCAUCUUGAUGUGCAUCGAGUGCUCUGGUAUUCACCGCAAUCUUGGAGUUCACGUUUCUAAGGUUAGGUCAGUGAACUUAGACGUAAAGGUUUGGGAAGCAGUUGUGUUGGAGUUAUUUAAAUCUUUGGGGAAUGCCUACUGUAAUUCUGUCUGGGAGGAAAUGCUUCCACUGCAAAACGACUUACAAAAAGAGUGUGAAACCGCAACAAUUAUCAAACCAAGCCCAGAGGAUGCCACUAAUCAAAAAGAGAAGUUCAUUCAAGCAAAGUAUGUUAGAAAACUUCUUGUAAAUAAAGAAGCCACGUCAUCAAGAAAUCUUUCCGCUUCCACCAUCUGGGAGGCAGUUAGGGCCAACAAUCUACGAGACGUAUACCGUGUGACUAUAGCAUCUGACGUGAAUAUAGUGAACUCAACCUACGACGAAGUAGCUGGUUGCAAUUUGUACCAUGAAGAAACGGAAUCACAGCAAAGCUGUCAUGAUUCUGACAAGACACGGUUGGAUCCAGCAACAUGCGAGAAAAUCAAAUCUUCCCAUGAUCCAGGGGACUGUCUUCAGGGAUGUUCUUUAUUACAUUUAGCAUGCAACUGCGGGAAUUUGGUGAUGCUCGAGCUAUUAUUGCAGUUAGGCGCUGAUAUAAACAAGCGCGACGUUCAUGGGAGAACUCCUCUACAACAUUGCAUCUUGAAGGGAAACAAUGCAAUGGCAAAGUUUUUGCUUCGAAGGGGUGCACGAGCAUCUAUAAAGGACGGUGGGGGAUUUACUGCUUUAGAAAGGGCAAUGGAAAUUGGAGCAAUAACUGAUGAGGAACUCUUUAUCUUGCUUUCCGAGAGUGAGUAAAAGAUUGUCGAGUAUUAAUUUGUAAGUUCGUUUACACAUGAUUGUUUACUCGAGACGCGUGUUUGGAUUUGUGGUGUAUGUAUCCAUCCAUGUAUGUAUCAAUUUUGUUUUUUUGUUGAAAAUUGAAGUCUUGUUGAACAUAUAACAAAUAGGGUUCGAAAAUGUGCGUUGCUCAACUUUUCAUGAGAUUAUAAAUGUCAAACUUGCACAGCAGAUAUGCUAUUCUGAAUUAAAGCAGAUACGUUUAUUUA